GACAUCAGUGCGCGCUGGACACGUUACAGCGUCUUUUCCGCCUGUCGGACGGUAAAACGACGCAAUAGACGACUGGAAACAAUCAUUUGACUGUGGUGGAAACUGUAUAUCCCGAAUGCGUAGAGAGUGAUUUGGUGUAUCCGGGAUCAGAAUGAGUUCCGCGAGGCUGGAGAAGCUGCGGAUGACGGGCUCGGGGAGGGCCAUCGCCGUACUGACCAGCGGAGGAGACGCGCAAGGUAUGAAUGCAGCUGUCCGGGCUGUGACCCGAAUGGGAAUAUUUGUGGGAGCCGAAGUGUACCUGGUUUAUGAGGGUUAUCAAGGACUUGUUGAUGGAGGAGAAAAUAUUAAACUGGCCAACUGGCAAAGCGUCACCAAUAUAAUUCAACUGGGUGGCACAGUGAUUGGCAGUGCCCGCUGUAAGGCCUUCACUACGCGCGAGGGGCGUUUAGCUGCUGCCUUUAACCUGGUAAAACUUGGCAUCUCUAAUCUGUGUGUUUGUGGGGGUGAUGGCAGCCUGACGGGGGCGAAUAUCUUCCGCUCUGAGUGGAGUGGACUGCUCGAGGAACUGGUGAAGAAAGGUCGGAUCACAGCAGAGACUGCGAAGCAGCACGGUCAUCUGAACAUCGUGGGUCUGGUGGGCUCUAUUGAUAAUGACUUCUGCGGAACAGACAUGACCAUUGGCGCUGACUCCGCCCUUAAUCGCAUCACUGAGAUCAUUGACGCCAUCACUACCACAGCUACGAGCCAUCAGCGCACAUUUGUGCUAGAGGUCAUGGGACGCCACUGUGGGUAUCUGGCGCUGGUUUCAGCUCUGGCGUCUGGAGCUGAUUGGCUGUUUAUUCCAGAAGCUCCUCCUGAAGAAGGCUGGGAAGACCUCAUGUGCGCUCGCCUGGGAGAGAGUCGUAGUAAAGGAUGCAGACUGAACAUCAUCAUCAUCGCUGAGGGAGCGGUCAACAGAAACGGCGAGCCAAUCACCUCCAACUACGUCAAAGAUCUGGUGGUGGCGAGGCUGGGUUAUGACACUCGGGUGACCGUGCUGGGUCACGUCCAGAGAGGAGGAACACCAUCAGCCUUUGACAGAGUGCUCAGCAGUAAACUGGGCGUGGAGGCCGUGGUGGCUCUACUGGAGGCGGGGCCUGACACGUCCGCCUGUGUGAUGGGCCUAUCAGGAAAUCAGGCUGUACGGCUUCCUCUGAUGGAGGCGGUGGAGUUGACUAAAGAAGUGCAGAGAGCCAUGAAUGAAAAAAGGUUUGAAGAAGCCAUACAGUUACGGGGCAGGAGUUUUGAGAAUAACUGGAGCAUUUAUAGGUUGUUGGCCUAUCAAAAGCCUGCUCAAGUCCAGAGUGGUCACUCCAUGGGGAUUCUGAAUGUAGGAGCGCCGGCCGCUGGCAUGAAUGCUGCCGUGCGAUCAGCGGUUAGAGUCGGACUCUCCACAGGUCACCGCGUUUACAUAGUUAACGAUGGAUUUGAGGGUCUGGCCAACGGAGCGGUCAGUGAAGUCUCAUGGAAUCAGGUAGCUGGUUGGACAGGUCAGGGCGGCUCUCUGCUGGGAACUAAAAGAACACUCCCGAACACCUGCAUGGAGAAACUAGUGGCAAACCUCAACAAGUUUAAUAUCCAGUCACUGCUUGUUGUUGGUGGUUUUGAGGCUUUUGAAGGGAUAUUGGAGUUGGUUGAAGCUAGGGGGCGCUAUGAUGAACUGUGUAUUCCCAUGUGUAUCAUCCCAGCCACCAUCAGCAACAACGUGCCUGGCACCGACUUCAGUCUAGGGGCUGAUACUGCGGUUAAUGCUGCCAUGGCUAGCUGUGAUAAGAUCAAGCAGUCUGCUACUGGCACCAAGAGAAGAGUGUUUGUGGUGGAGACGAUGGGAGGAUUCUGUGGUUACCUGGCAACAACCACUGGCAUCGCUGUCGGUGCGGAUGCGGCUUAUAUUUUCGAGGACUCUUUCAACAUCCAUGACCUGAAGACCAACGUGGAGCAUUUAACAGAGAAGAUGAAGAAGGAUAUCCAGAGAGGUCUGGUGUUGAGUAAUGAGAAGUGUCAUGAGCAUUACAACACUGAUUUCAUUCAUAAGCUGUACUCCGCUGAGGGGAUGGGUGUGUUUGACUGCAGAGUCAAUGUCCUGGGACAUCUACAGCAGGGAGGCGUCCCAACACCUUUUGACAGAAACUGCGGCACUAAACUGGGCGUUAGAUCUGUACAGUGGCUGACGGAGAAGAUGGUUGAGACGUUUAGACAAGGUCGUGUGUUUGUUAAUUCUGCAGACAGCGCUUGUGUGAUCGGCCUGUAUAAGAAGGUUCUGACUUUUAGUCCUGUGACUGAACUGAAGGACCAGACAGACUUCGAACACAGGAUGCCGAAGGUGCAGUGGUGGUUCAAUCUACGUCUUUUGCUGAAGAUGCUGGCGAAGUAUCAGACGUCCUUCAACGAGUACGUGACCGGAAAGAUUGAACAUGUGACUCGUUGCUCUCUCGGUAUAGACACUGGGUUUUAAUAAACACACCACUAGUGCCCUCAUUCAGUCCAACUUUACCAAACUGCCAGUUCUCCGUUAAAAAAGCCAGACCCUUUAGUAAAUAAAGGAGUGCAUCAUGACUUUUACGUUUGUCAUCCCAUGCAACUUUAGUGAUCACUUUAGAAAGGAAAGCUUUAAUGUAUAUUCUGCCUAUCAAAACAGUGUUUAGAAAGUGCUUAACAGAACACAUAAAAACAUAUAAAAGUAAAAUAAUCAGUACAAAUUAUAUAGUAGAUUAAAAUCAAGUUAAUUGUUUCUUCAUGAUGCCUAAUGCAUUCAUGUGAACGAAUUGAACCUUAUUCUAAAGUGUUUCCUAAAUAUCUUUUUUUUGCCAUUUAUUUAUGAAUUUAAAUAACUUCCGACUAUUUAAGUCAAAGUUGGUUUAUGAUGUUCUCAGAUCUAAUUUAAUCUGUUAUUCUAGUCAUAAGGAUGCAGUUAUAGCAACACUAAUAUGGGUAUAAUUAUUUUGUUGUUUUAAUAUAACCCAUGCAAAGUCUGUUUUUAUCGUUCCAUUUUUAUUAGAUAAUUUUAUUGUCAACUUUAAUCCAUGGAGUUCUGUUGAAAAUAAAGUAGGAGCUAAAGAAAUCCACCCAUACAGCAUGUUCACCAAUUCUAUAAAUAAAUAAUGAUAAAUUAUUAUUUUAAGUAUUUUGCCAUUUAAAAACCAUAUAAAUUCAGUUUUUGUUGUUCAGUUUUUAUUAGUUAAUUUGUAUUGUCAAUUUUAACCAAUAAAUGAUGGUGGAAAAUAAAGAAAUUCACCAAUUUUAUAUAUGAAUAAAUAUGUAUAAAUUAAAAAUCAAUUUUGAAAUGUUUUGUUUUUAAAAUAUCAUCCAUGCAAAGUAUAUUUUUAUUGUUCAUUAAUUAAUUUGUAUUGUCAAUUUUAACCCAUUAAUUUCUGUUGGAAAUAAAGAAAUU